AUGUCAGACAAACUCAUGGACACUGAAGUUGGCGGCGAGCAAACCCAAUACGAAGGCAUCCACACCUAUGUCGAACCACACGACAAGAAGUACGGCCAAUUAAGCAACUCUUCAGAAGGCACAUCAGUCCACGCAAAGACCGCGGAUCCUGGCGCCCCAAACACGCAUGGUAUCACGCCUGCAGAUAAGAUCCGCUACGGCCAAAGCAUUCAGGAGGGUGGCAUGGGCGGCAAGACGACAUCGUCAAGCGGGCAUGCAAAGGCAGACACGGGAUUUGGAGGUACGAAAGCGCUAGCCGAUGAUGAGGGCGCAGCGAAGCAGAGGCGGGAGCAGGGAUAUGGGGGAAGUAAAGAUAUGGAUCGGACCAUUGGUGCAUAG